AUGGCGAAAUUAUGUACUGGAGCAUUGGCGUAUAAAGCUUUAAAUGGCUUGGUUUGUGUUUACAAACCACCAUGUGUCACCAUUAAACAAGUGCAGCAUACAAUUAUAACUCAUUUAUGUAGAGACUUGAAUGCAUUACCAAAUGGUCCUCAAGAGAAAAGAGUGGAGAUUAUAGGGGCCACAAACGAACCGAUGAGUGUGUGUUUGGUGCCUAACUAUGCAGACAACCCUCUAGCCUGUGGUCCUAGGUUCAUAAACGAAGACUUUCGCUGCAGCUGGGCUACUCAUUUAGGGUUCUUCAGCAGUGGAGUUCUGUUGUUAGGCAUUAAUGAAGGUACAAAACUGACCUAUCUGUUGAACACAGCAAGACUCCCAAGAGCAUACAAACUUCAUGGGCAACUUGGUAAAGCUACUGACACAUAUUUUUGGAAUGGCAAGACUGUUGAACGUUCUAUGCACAAACACGUUAGUCGAGAGAAGAUAGACAGAGUAGUUGCCCAUAUGCAGGCAGCACACCAAAAAGCUAUGUAUGAGUUAUCGGGUGUACACAUGGAUUCUCAGACAAUGUAUGAUCUAGCAGUAGAAGGACCAAUCAGACCGGCUAACUCUAAAAUUCCAGUUCUCUAUGGCAUCAAAUGUGUCCAUUUUGAUUCACCUAAUUUUACUUUAGAGAUACAUGCUGUCAAUGAAUAUGAAAAAUACCUGUGGACUCUAGUUCAUGACCUUGGAGUACAACUAAAGACAUCUGCUCACUGUACCGGAGUACAAUGCAUAAGGCAAGGAAAAUUCGAUCUUGAAUAUGCAUUAUUGAGGAAGCAUUGGAAAUUAGAAUAUAUUGUUGAUAAUAUGAACAGAUGUCGAAAGGUCCUAGAGGAGAAUGAAAACCUAAUGAGACCUAUUUCAGCAGUGUUGAGCAUUUAGAUGGUCCUUAAUGAAGGAAAGGUAUUUGGUAAUUAUAGUUUGGCUGUGUCCAUUGUGUCAAUAAUUUUUUUAAGGACAGUCCACUCUAACUUGAGCAUUAACCAAAGCAUGGACAUUACAACUGAUAUGCCACAAACUAUCUUAAGACAUGAAGUUAAAGUGUUAAUUUAAAUGAACAAUGUAUAUAAUUGAUUACAUUUACAUAAAACAAAAUCAAAAAGCAUUUUACCACAUUGAGAGCUGUAGUUCUUGAAUCAUGCAAGAUUAUUACUUCUUUGUAGAAUUAAUUCACAAACUAAUCAGAGACCUAAGUAGGUAAACCACUGUACAUUUGUAAAUAAAUUUCUAAG